AUGAGUAACCCUGCCCCCGCCGACCACACCCUCCAGGACCUCGUCAAGGAGAUCAUCAUGGGCGGCGAAAUUGUCAGGCCUAAGGGCGCCUCGGCCGACUACCCGACCCAUGCACCCACUCCCGUUGGGAAACGGAUCAGCAAGAUAUACAAGGACCGCAUCGAGCAGUUCUACUCGAGUGGACAAUGGGAGAAGCGGAAUCUCCUUGCUAUGAUGUACGAGGGCGUCGCCUCGGGCCCGCCCAAUGUCCAGCUGUGGACCUGGCCCGCCUCGGGUCUCUCGAGACCGAGCUUCGAGGAGGCAAUGGCUGGCGAAUACACCCCAGCCAACGUCGGCGACGCCUUUGGCCCGUCUUGGUCCACGCAUUGGUUCAAGGUCGUUCUUCGGGUACCCGACGACCUGUGCAAGAAAGAGCGUCUCGAGCUGCACUGGGACUCCAACAGCGAGGGCAUGGUCUGGACCGACGAUGGCAAGCCCUUGCAGGGGCUGAGUGGUGGUGGUGAACGUGUCGAGUGGAUUCUUCCCGACUCUUUCAGAGACGGCGAAGAGCACACCAUCUACGUUGAGAUAGCCUGCAAUAGUAUGUUCGGCAAUCCGGCUGGUGGUGACACCAUUCAGCCGCCCGACCCCAACAAGUACUUCCAGCUUGUCAAGGCGGAUAUCUGUGCAGUCAACAUGGAUGCCCGGCAGCUCUGGAUCGACACUUGGAUCAUUGGUGAUGCCGCCCGAGAGUUUCCAGAGGACUCGUGGGAGCAACACAAGGCCCUGAACGUCGCCACCGAGAUCAUUGAUACUUACGUCCUAGGCAGCCAAGAAUCUCUCAAGAAAUGCCGCAAGAUUGCGCAAGAGUACAUCGGAUCGAAUGUCGACUCUGCCAAGGUUUAUGACAGCGAUGCUACGCCACAAGUCUUCGGCAUCGGACACUGCCACAUUGACACUUGUUGGCUGUGGCCUUGGGCCGAGACGAAGCGAAAAGUUGCCAGAUCUUGGUCAAACCAGUGCGAUCUGAUCGACCGGUACCCCGAGCACAACUUCGCUUGCUCUCAAGCACAGCAGUACAAGUGGCUCAAGUCCUACUACCCUUACGCUUUCGAUCGCGUCAAGGAGAAGAUCAAGGAAGGACGCUUCCACCCCAUAGGUGGUAGCUGGGUCGAGCAUGACACCAACAUGCCGAGCGGCGAGUCGCUCGUCCGUCAGUUCUUGUAUGGCCAGAGGUUCUUUGAGAGCAACUUCGGAGAACGGUGUCAGACUUUUUGGCUCCCGGAUACCUUUGGAUACUCCAGCCAACUGCCUCAGCUCUGUCGCCUGGCUGGCAUGAACCGUUUCCUCACGCAGAAGCUGAGCUGGAAUAACAUCAACAAUUUUCCCCACACCACCUUCAAUUGGGUCUCACUUGACGGCAGCCAGGUCAUUUGCCAUAUGCCUCCUGCUGAAACCUAUACGGCGGAAGCCAACUUCGGAGACGUCAAGCGCAGCAUCUCCCAGCACAAGUCAAUGGACCAGGAUCAUACUUCGCUACUAGUCUUCGGUAAGGGAGACGGUGGCGGCGGUCCUACUUGGCAGCACAUGGAGAAGCUGCGUCGUUGCCGAGGUAUGAGUGAUCAGGUUGGCCGUCUACCUAGAGUGCAUCUCGGCAAUACCGUCGAUGACUUCUUCGACAACCUCCAGGAGAAAGCUGGCACGCUCGUGACGUGGUAUGGCGAACUCUACUUUGAGCUUCACCGUGGCACCUACACCACGCAAGCCAAGAACAAGCUCAACAACAGAAGAUCAGAGACCAUGUUACGGGAUCUCGAACUUUUGGCAACCAUUGCAUCGCUAAAGGACAGCUCUUACAAGUAUCCGAAGAAGAAGCUCGAUUUCAUGUGGGAAGCGGUCCUGCUCUGCCAGUUCCACGACUGUCUGCCUGGAAGCUCUAUCGAGAUGUGCUACGAUGACUCGGACGAGCUUUAUGCCGGGGUCUUCAAGGAGGGCCAGGAGAUAUACAAGGAGAUCUGUAAACGCUUCGGAAUUUCACAGGUGGAAUCUGCCAAACUCGGGGAGGCUGUUGCCCUGAACACUCUGCCAUGGUCCCGGAAAGAAGUCGUCGACCUUGCAGGCGGUGAGACGGGAAUCGCCCAAGGGACCGGCAAUCUUGUCCACGUUGAGUCUGCCAAGUCAACAAGCACCAAAGCCGUGACAGUCACGGAGACCAGCAAGGGAGUUUUUGUCAUGGAAAACGAACAACUGACAGUCAAGGUCGAGAACGGUUGUGUGACGUCCUUGUUCGACCGCAAGGCCGAUCGGGAGGUGAUAUCCGAAGGGGGCAAAGCCAACCAACUGGUCAUCUUUGAUGACAAGCCGUUGUACUGGCAGGCAUGGGACGUCGAGGUCUACCACCUGGAGACUCGCCAGGAAGUUCCCUACGGCGAGACCAAGAUCCAUGAGGACAAGGAGCACCGGGUCAGCGUUGUGACCAAAGCCACCAUUAGUGAGAACAGCUCGAUCAAGACGAUUCUGAGCCUGUGCACCGCCUUCGAAGGACAGCAGUCUUACGUCGAGUGCACGGCCUACGUCGACUGGCACGAGACGAUGAAGUUCCUCAAGGUCGAGUUUCCGGUGGACGUCAGAAACUUCGAGGCAUCCUACGAAACCCAGUAUGGUCUCGUGAAGCGGCCCACGCACUACAACACAUCGUGGGACAUGGCCAAGUUCGAAGUUUGCUGCCACAAGUUUGCCGAUCUGUCGGAACAUGGCUACGGUGUUUCGAUCCUGAAUGACUGCAAGUAUGGGUUCGCGACAUGCGGCAGCCUGAUGCGUCUCUCGCUGCUGCGGUCGCCCAAAGCGCCUGAUGCUCACGCGGACAUGGGCACACACAAGAUUCGUUGGGCCAUCCUGCCGCAUCAGGGCGAUCUGAGUGCCACCUCUGUUCGUGCCGGAUACAACUUCAACAACCCGAUGGAGGUGCUCUCGGCACCAAAGCCGUCGGAGCUGAUUGCUCUCUCUUCGCAUCCUGUCAAGUUGGUCGGCGACGAGUCCCUGGUCAUGGAUUGCAUCAAGCGGGGUGAGGAUGACGAGGACGUCUCGUACGAUACCGGCAUCGCUCGCCGGAAGGGACAGAGCGUCAUCGUCCGCCUCUACGACAGUCUUGGUGGGCGCAGCAGCGGUACCAUCACGACGGCGUGGGACGUCAAGAAGGUGUACAAGACGAACAUCCUGGAGGAUGACGGCGAGGAGAUCAAGGCCGAUAAGAACGGCGCUUUUCCCGUGACGCUGCGACCCUUCGAGGUUGCCACUAUCAGAUUACAGCUGUGA